CAGAGGCAAGGGUGAUUGCAAUGUUCUGGAUGUUUUUAUUAACAUUUGCCAUAUCUGAAAUGAUGAAUGGAUGUAGUACCGAAGGAAAUCAGAUUGACAGAUGUCCUCCAGAUGUAACCAGAAAUGUCUAUGCCCUUGAAGGCGAGCAUGUCCGUGUACAUUGUAGAUUGCGUAUCCCAUCAACUCCUCAUACCAUGGACCUUCAAACACAUGGAUCUGGAAUUACUUGGUUUAAGGACCUACAUGAAAAUGGUAGUGUUGAAAUAAUAGGUGGAACAGACAGGCUAACUGUUGAAGGAGUCUUGCUCAGUUUUUGGCCUGCAACUGUGAAUGACAGCGGAAGAUACUUCUGUUCUUUCUUCAAUGGAACACACAAUAUCACGGGUGAAAAUAUGAGUUUGAAUGUUGCAUCAAUUAUUGAAGGUUGUUACACUGAAGAGCUAACUUAUGAACGAGAUGCAGAUAUUGGAACAUCGAUUAAACUGCUUUGUCCAAAAAUGGAAGAUUAUGAGAAUAAUAAAGAAGAUCUGAAGUGGUACAAGGAUUGUCAGGAAUACAUUCACACAGGAUCAUCACUACAGUUUAAUAAACUUAAAAAAGAAAAUGCGGGAUAUUACACUUGUAAACUUACAUUUGAACAUUCUGGAGUACAAUACAAUACUACAAGGACGUUAACACUGACGUUGAAAGAACCUCCUGCCAAACCAAAUUUAAUUUACCCAGUUGAAGAACGUAUUGAAGUGGUUUUAGGUGAAAAUAGAACAAUUAAUUGCACAGCUUUUGCUAACAGCACAAGGAAUCCACUGUUACGGCUAAAUUGGUAUUUUGACAACUCCCCUGUGGCUAGCUGUAAUCGAGCAAAGUCUGUGUGUAAGGAUUCGAGGAGAGAUGUAAUUAUAAGCAACGGAAAGUAUACUAUACGUCCAUUGGUAUUUACUCAAAUUAAAGAGGAGCAUCUGAAUCAAAACUUUAACUGUGUUUUAACAACUUACAACCAGAGGGUUUCUGGAUACAUUAUUCUGCAAGAGAAAGGCAAGAGCAAUGUUCAUGGAGUUGUUAAAUUAUUAACUUCCAUUAUUGUUGUGCUUGUCUUUGUGGCAAUUGUAUGUGUAUACUUCCAUGUACAAAUUGUCCUUUGCUUCAGAGAUCUCACUGGUAGAGAUGAUACUCUCGAAGAUGAUAAGGAAUAUGAUGCAUAUGUGUUACUUCUUAAAAGUAACGAGACUCUCCUUGAUGCUAAGGAAGAGCAACAAUUUGCAUUUGAACUAUUACCUGCAAUUCUAGAAAAACAAUUUGGAUACCGACUGUGUAUAUUUGAACGUAAUGUUCCUCCAGGAGGAAGCUCUGCAGAUAAUAUACUUUCUUAUGUAAACAAAUGCCGAAGAUUGAUUAUAAUUCUCUGUGAAGAAUAUGUGGACAAUGAAUGCAGCUCUACAUAUGAACUAAUGACUGGACUGUAUCAAGUAUUGGUUGAAAGAAAAAUAAAACCAAUACUUAUUGAAUUUAAACCUAUAAGCAACCCUAAGUUACUACCAGAGUCACUUCAACUUGUUCUGAAGUCAAAAAGAAUUGUGAAAUGGAAGGGUAAUAAGUUGGCCUUGAAAAAUUCUUAUUUCUGGAAGAAGGUGCGAUACUUGAUGCCAGCUAAUGGUGGUCAGCGAGCAAAACAUUCACAACGUAAUGUGGCUUUAUAAAAUAAUGACUGAUUCAAAUAAGUUACAGGCUUCCAUGUUGGCCAACAAUCAACCACUGAAGAUAGUAUCAAAUUGAAGAAGCCUUUCACUUAUAAUUCUGGCUAAUGCCUGAGUAAUCUUGGAGUAUUGGCAGGAAGUAUCUGCAAUCUGAUUAUUAUACAUAUAAUUGCAUCUAACUUGACAUUUUCAUUUGUUGUAACUUGUGAAUCUCAAAUGUCAAUCCAAAUACCAACCUCUUCUUUAAACAACAACGAGCACCCAAGCUACAAAUCUUCAUCUUCUUUAAAAUGUUUUGAUUGAAUUCAUUGCAAGAACAGAUGUGUAUCUUGGUUGCAAUCAGGACUAUUGCACAGUUGUACAAAAUCAAACUCCUUUCAAAAUGGCUUAGAUUUUCAAAAUAAAGAAAAUAGUACAGUAUUUUAAUGGUCGCAGGAUUGAUAAAAUGAAGCAAAAUAAAGUUAGGUCCAUGGGUUUAGAAGGUGGUCCUGCGUUGAGAGGCUGAGUGAAGUGGGACUGCAUUCUCUAAGUAGAACAAGAAGUAAACUCAUUGCAACAUUCAAGAUUAUGAAACAAUACUAAGAGAUUGGUUUGGGUAAAGCUAUCUUAUGGUUUAGUUGCAAGCUACUGCAGGGCUAUUAUAGAUAUUUCUAAUCAGUCUGCUCAUGUGUGAAGCAGGUGCUAUUUGAACACAGGCUUUCUAGACACGAGGUUGGGACAUUACCAUUGCACUACUCAACCUGUUCGGAAGUGCAUUGACACACUCUGGAACAGGUGGAAUUUGAAUCCAUACGUCUUGUCUCAGGGGUAAGGAUACUGCUACUGUGCCACAAUAAUCUUUCCUGGGAUUAGAAUCUGUUCAGAGAUGUUAAUGUUCAUCUCUGGAGCAGAUUGGACUUGAACCCAG